AUGACUAGUUCUGUAGAGAGAAUCGUUUUGCCCACAAGGAUUUUCAAGCUAGGUACUGAACCGUACAUGAGUUUGAAGUAUAUAAACCGAUAUGGUCGUCGUGAGAAGAAGUUGGUGAAGAAACUUAAUGUUAAAUGUAUCAUUGGUAAUCCCAAUCUGCAUAGCAACUUGGUGAGUAAGGUGAUCGACGUGGAAUUCAAAAAAGUGAUUGACAUAGUUCAGAAAGGAUACAAGUUAAAGAGAGCUGAUUGGGUGAAUGGAUACAUCGAUGUCCCCGUUGCUUCAAGACAGCCCGACAAUCAAUCUUAUCAGAGUAGAAGAAAUGAGAAUCGUUUGGUUGACUCAGAAACAGCAGCUCGAGAAACUUCUCGUGAAGCUUUAAGGUUUUGUACGCUGGAUCAACAACUUGACAAGCUGUACAAAUAUGUGGAAGAGAGGUUCCAGGGAAUGGAAGACAGGUUCAAGACCAUGGAUGAUCGUCUCUUAAAAAUAGAAGAAAAGAUAAAUCAAAUUCAUACCGGACAUGAGGAGGACGUUUGUCAAGAAAGACCAGAUUUAGGAGAUACACAAUUCAUGAAUGAAGGAUACACAAACAAUACGGUUGGAGGAAAAAAAGAAGAAGGCAAAGAUAUAAACACAACCAAAAAACGAGUAAGAGAGACGAAUGAAAAUAAGAAAGAUUCAAAGAAGCAUAAGAAACAAAAUGAGCAAGCUGCAGAUUUAGGGCGACUGAGUAUUGCGGUUGGUGCUUUAAAGCUUCUGGAGAAUUCUUGUACAUGGAACAUGGGUGAACAAAUUGUUCCUGAGAUGCCACAUCUGUCCACAAGAUUGAAAAAUUGGCUGAUCUCGAAGAAGUUAAAUCGUGCUUGUGGUUAUUCGAGCACACUCUCUAAGAUUCUUGAAAACUCAGCCACACCCCUGGAGCCAAUAUGUAAUGAUGAUGCCUUUGAUUCAUUGGCUUUAAAAACCUCAGAAACGUCUUCUGCUAGCAACAGUUCAGGAUUCCGGCUCAUCCCGGGCUGCGCUGACAGCUUAGCUGGCGAAGAUUUGCCUGUUAGGAAAAUCAAGACAGAAGAAGUCGACUUUGAAGAUGAGCUGAAGCGACUGUCUUUGAUGUCUAAUCUGAUCUCACCUCAUCUAGAUUUUGAGAAGUCAUUUCUUGAUCUAUUGUCCGCCUGUGGACAGAUGCAACCAUCAAACUUUAUGGACGCAUUCUCCAAAUUCUGUGAACCAGAAAGCAUUGUCAAGAUUGGUGAAGGUACAUAUGGGGAGGCUUUUCAGGCUGGUCCUUGUGUCUGUAAAAUAGUUCCAAUUGAUGGAGACUUAAGGGUUAAUGGAGAAAUACAGAAGGAAAUGCCUGCAUUCUCAUGCCAGCUGUUAUCGGAACAAGUUAUGGUUAAUGUCAUUAUAAAAGUAUGCCAAGGUCCCUAUGACCCUAUACUGAUAAAAGCAUGGGAAGAAUGGGAUGCAAAACAUGGCUCUGAGAAUGAUCACCCAGACUUUCCAGAGAAACAAUGUUAUGUCAUGUUUGUUCUAGAACAUGGCGGCCAAGACCUUGAAAGCUUUGUUCUUCUGAACUUUGAUGAAGCACGGAGCUUAUUGGUUCAGGUCACGGCUGGCCUUGCUGUUGCUGAAGCUGCUUUUGAGUUCGAGCACCGAGACCUGCACUCGUAA